AUGUCUGGAAGAGGUAAAGGCGGUAAAGGACUCGGGAAAGGAGGCGCAAAGCGUCACCGCAAAGUGUUGCGUGAUAACAUCCAGGGAAUCACCAAACCCGCAAUCCGUCGUCUUGCUCGCCGUGGCGGUGUCAAGCGUAUCUCCGGUCUGAUCUACGAGGAGACUCGCGGUGUGUUGAAGGUGUUUCUGGAGAACGUUAUCCGUGAUGCCGUCACCUACACUGAACACGCCAAGAGAAAGACCGUCACUGCCAUGGACGUUGUGUACGCGCUGAAACGACAGGGACGAACUCUGUACGGAUUCGGAGGAUAAACGACUUUAUUCAGGAGAAAUCAGACCAACCCAACGGCUCUUUUAAGAGCCACCCACAAUCUCACACAAAGAGUUGAUGUUGUAGAAGUUUUAGUAUAUUAAGCACUUAAAUGUGUUUUGCAGUUUGGAGAUCUGUACGAACUUGCAGUUCUUUAGCAACAGCAGUUUAUAAAGAAUAAAAACAUCGUAUUUUCAUUAAUUAACGUGUAUUUUAAAAUGUUUUGUUAAAUUCAUGUUUCAUAUGAUGUUGCAACGUUCUCAUCAAUCUGCGUAUAAAUAACACGAUUUUAUACUUCCAAAUUGCGUGUAAUGCAUACGCCAAUGUCCAAUUUUGCGUGCAUAUGAUACGCCAAUCCUUCCCAUUAACUUCAGUGGAGAGCAGAUGCUUCGAAAUGCCUUUAACGGCAAUGACGUCACAAGCGAGGCUCAGUUCGCCCAGUUCACCUGAUGCGCGCGUUACAUCUUCAAACAGGUAAGUAAGGGCAGCAAUCUUUGUAAUGAGAUCACAGUGUUAACUGUAUUAUUUUAAUUAUUUCAGUGUUU